AUGAAGACAUUCUUUACAGCUAUUAUUCUCGGCAUUUUUGCCAUCACCACCUGUGCCCGCGAGGUUGACGUCGAAACGACGACCAGUGCUAUUACAAGCACACACACAUCCCACAAACCAAUAAAAACCCACCCACCAACCACCCUCGUCGCCAAAAAGACCACUUCCACAACAUCGACUUUCACUCCACGUCCCACCUGCGACGUUGUCAUGUUCCGCAUCGACUGCCCAGAAACUCCAGAUCCAUGCUGUUCUCGCAUUAUCCCUACCGAUUCAGGCAGCGGCUUCAUCUGCGCCAGUGAGUGGGACGCCAUUGAUGAAGGCGUAGAAUGGGAGUCGUGCGUUGAAACCACUACUACCUCUUCCUCUGAGAUCACGGUACCCACUGGUUACGCAGCUUUUGCAGCUGCGGAUGGCAAGGGUGGAAAUGUCACCACGAUUACUACUACUGUAGUAUCAUUCCCCGAGCCUACAUAUAGCUCUGGAGCUUCUGGAGCUAAGGGGCUGAGGAUGGGUGGUCCGGCGGCAUUCGGACUGUUGGGGCUGGUGUUUGCGAUACAUUAUUAG